UUCCUAUAUUUUUUUUCAGAUUGGCUUCUCAAGGAUUCUCUUGCGUACUCAAUCACGUAUGCAAAGUAGUUUCGACAUUCAAGGAAUUUGAAUCUUGUGGAUUUUUCUGUGAAAUUGGCAAAAUAAUUUCGAGGGAAACUGGACUGGAAGCAAACUUCUUCAAGAAUUUAGUUAGUAGAUGCGAUUAUUACGAGCAAAUGUGUCCUCAUCACAAUCCUCCGCUCCAACUAGCAGCUGUAAAAGCUUUUCUGCGCGUCCAACCAACAGGAUGGAACACGGUCGAAGAAUUGGACUAUCCAUUUGCCCUUCCAACUGAUACAAGAAUUUUCCGAAAGUCCAAUUGGAUCAAUAGAAGCAGACGAGAAAUUUAUUCCACGGUCGAUAAAGGUCUAACUAAGGUUGGGUUCAACGGUACUGCUUGUGUGAAGAAGAUGAUUUGUGACGCUAAAAAAUACAUUCCAUUGAGAGGAAAGUCAAUGAUAAAAGAUAUACUUCUAGCAGUAUUCAGCUAUACUGGCGAUGAAUACAGUCAUGAAGAAAUCUGCGAUUCUCAAUUGGAUACGGAAUGUUCAAUCUCGAUAAUGGACUAUGUUCUUCAUGGUCUAGAUUUCAAUUCGUUGUGAAAAAAUAAAAUGAAGAGAAUGAA